CACAAUUCAACAGCGCUUCCUCACAUGUGCCUCUUUUUCGGGAUCCAACAUGGUUCUCAGUCAGUUCCGCUUUGUGGAAGUUGGUCGUGUGGCCUAUAUUUCCUAUGGGCCCGAUGCAGGAAAGCUCGCCGUUAUUGUUGAUGUUAUAGACCAGAACAGGGCUCUCGUAGAUGGACCCUGCUCUGGUGUAUCCAGAAAACAAAUGAACUUCAAGGCUCUUGAGCUGACAUCAAUUGUGAUGAAAAUUCCACGAGGUCUGCGUCCAGGAAACCUGCGUAAGGCUUGGGAAAAGCAGGAAGUACAGAAGAAGUGGGAUAGCACAACAUGGGCACAGAAAAUUGCAAAUAAGAAGAAGCGUGCCCAGCUCACAGACUUUGACAGAUUCAAGUUGAUGAAGGCUAAACAGGCGAGGAAUCGUCUCAUUAAUGUUGAGUUUGGCAAACUGAGGAAAACAGUGAAAAGACCUGCCCCUAGACUAAGAAAGAAGAAGUCUGUGAAGAAAUAAACUUUUGUCAUCAAUAAAUGUGAUGAUGUAUAAA